AUGAAUUCUGUUGAUCAACAAUGUGUGCUCUGCAACUCAGCUCACUCUGAAGAUAUUGAUCACCUUUUACUUCAUCGUCCCUUCUCUCAGGCCAUUUGGAGAUACUUUUUCCCACAACAACAUACUUCAAUGAUGCAGUUUGCUUCUCUUCUCUCAUGGGUUCAGACUUGGCAAUCUCACGACUCUCAGAUAAACAUUCAUAGUACCCCUCAUGUCAUACACAUUAUAGUUUGCAUUAUGCAUUUUAUCGGGAUACACAGAUGUAGAGUCAUAUUUUCUAACCUUUCUCCUAAUCAUACUUCUGUCAUUCAUCAGGUUAGUUUUUACAUUGCAAAGCAUCAAUUACAUGCUGCAUCAAGUAUUCCUGCUUUUGUUAGAUCUGUUGUGAAUGAUGCUUGGAAGCCACCUCCGUUGAAUGUUUUGAAAAUCAACAUUGAUGCUUCUUACAGUCCUCUUUCUUUAUUGGCUGGUAUUGGUAUAAUAAUUCGGAAUGAUGCGGGACAAUAUGUGGCUGGAAAAUCAACAGUAAGAAGAGCUAUUGAUAUUCAUCAGGCAGAAGCUUGGGAUUUAUUGGAAGCAAUGGAAAUGACGACUUCUAAUGGUUGGUCUAAUGUUGUGUUUGAAACUGAUAACCUGAAUAUCAGUUCUUAUGUAAACAAUAAGUCUUCUCUUCCUCCUUCGCAGAGUAAGAUUUUACUGAAGAAAUGUGUUCAUAUAUGUAAUAGAAAUGUUAUGUGGUCUUGUGUGUUUGUUUAUAGGGGUUGUAAUAAGGUUGCUGAUGCGCUAGUUAAGGCUGCUAGGAAGCAUCAUCUUUGUGGGGAAUGGUGGUUUAAUCCACCUGCUUUGUUAUUUCCUUACUUAGAAAAUGCUUCAAUGAACGCUUCUAUGUAA